GCAGAAAACAAACAGCUCUCGGCAUUGCCUCACGCUUGCAUAAUUUUGCUGAACGAAAUAUUGCGCAAAACACCUCCGCCGCAAACACUGGCGACGACAGCAGCAGGCAGCCGCUCGGAAGUAUCUUCGAGGAUGUGACCAUAUUACGUUGCACAAAUGCCGAAUUCAUCUCAAAGGAAUACGACGUGCAGGGCACAGACGCCGUCUAGGUGACCCGUUCAUCAUACGCCGCCAGGGACAUUGUUUUCUGACUGGCGUUGGAGCUCAGUGCAUUCGGAUACCUGCUUAACCAUGAACGAGCUUCUCGAGAACUGGCAACUGAUUAUUAUCCUAUCCAUUAUCGACGGAUCAGUGCUGGUUUCACCCGAAGCAUGCGACACGAUGAAAGUUCGUGAGUGCUACGGUAACAUCACCGAAAAUCUAUACAACGCGCAAGAACAACGACACGCGAACAUGAGCGCCUUGGAAGACUUGUGCAAGGCAAAUGAUACGGCACAGCGUUGCGAAGAGGAUCUGGCUCGCUGCAUCGACUCUGAUCCAUCCGUGCGAGACUUCCAGAAGCAAUAUACAGGAACGCUUGAAGACGCCUGUACAAGUACCGGUUUCAGAGACUCAGAAACCCGUGAGGAAGGCACAACGAACGACGCAGCAAAGAAUGAAAGCAAGUGCUGGUACAAACAGCUCAGGCGAUGCCUCCAGAGGCAAAUAAACCAAAUACGGACCAAAAUGGGGAAAAUUGUGGCCAGGAAAGAGACUCCCAAACCUUGGACAUAUGCUGGUAUAUGCAGGAGGACGCGAAAGAGCUGCCACCAGAUCAGCACAGUCGACGCCUGCCCGCAAGUCCUGCAGGACGCCAUCAACAAAAUGGAGGACUCGAUGAAUACCGCGCAAGCGCUGCUAUGCAAGGACAACCAAACGCUGCUUAGAAACUUGCUUCAGAGUUACAAGUACUGGAACGUCACUGACUUCACAAGGUGCGCGACUAACAUCAAGGUGGUACACAUUGCGGACUACUUUUUUGCAACUAAGAGGUUGCACACCGAGUGCAGAAAACUGAAGACCAAGAUGGUUCGCUGUCUACAAGAUAGCUACUUGUCUAUCCACGACGCUCAGCCUAAGCCGGAUGUGGCUGGAGCCACAAAAGUGCUGGAGGCUUUCUUAGACCGAAUGCAGUGCGUACGCGCCCAGGGCCUGUCGGACGACAUCAAAAGCGAUGAAAAUACCAACCCGCAAAGCGACAACAGCGACGACCCGGAAGGCCAACCCGACGCUGGCGGGACUAAAACCAGCGGCUUUGCGAACCUCACGGCAUAUCAAGGAUUGAAAGGCGGAGCUACUUCCUUUUAUAUCCCAGCGUCUGCUUCGGUCGCUUUGCUGUCGAUCAACAUUAUUUUCGUACUGUUUUCAGCGUAGUUCAAGUGCUUUUGGCAGUGUGCGUGGAAUAUUCCUUCCAUAUAGUAUGUGCUGAACAUGCCAUAUAAACUGGAAUUGUUUUGUUUUAUUUUUUCAAUGGGAAGAAAAGUGAAUUCGCUUUAAAAGAAAACGACAAGCACUGCGCCGCCGGAAAAAAAUAACGUUAUUUUAUAUGCUGCCUUCAGAGAUUUGCACACGUAUCAACGAAAAACAGAUACGUGCCGUGUAUUUUAUCUUUCCUCACUUGUCUCUUCGACGCUCUGAUCAUGAAAAUGUUUCCCGCAUACCAUUACCUUUUCAUUGCACAUUUCUUCUUUUAUUACUACUCGUGUAUGAGCAGAUGGUUUAAUCAAACUUACAUGCACAUAUUAACAAAAAUUGAAGGUAUACAGAACACACACAAUAAGAAAAACGUUCUUUGGAAACGAACGUUUGCUUUAUCCACACGAUAA